AUGAGUUUGUCAGAUUUGAAGAACAGCAUCUUGGAGAAGCUUGGCGUGUUGGGUAGCAAGUGGGUGAAGAAACUAUUCUACAAGAUUCCCAUGGCGGUUGUCUCGACCGGUGUUCAUUUUGAAACCUUUGCGGUUAAGGCUGAUGAAGAUAUUAGGGUUUUGUUCUACUGUGUAAGGAGUUUUCUGGAGAUCAAAAUUCAUGAGUUGUUCGCGAAGUUGGAGGUUGGUGUCGACAGUUCUGGGGCAUCCGCUCCAGUUCCUAGCCCAACUGCCGCGGGUGGUGCAUCUAGUUCGAUGCAUGCGGUCAGACCGUAUCUUCCGCCGGUUCAAUCACCUUCGUUUGCAGCUGAUUUAAACCGAACGGAGGUUGUUGGUUCUGUACCUUUGGAGAAUGCAGCAGUCAUUGAGCCUCCCCACGUUGUGGGCACCGGUGGUGGCCUGGUACCUUAUAUCGAAGACUUUGGUGGACCUGAUCAAGUAGAGAAUGCAAUGCGUGACGAUGAGUCUGACCAGGAGCCUGUUGAUAUCGAAGACGGUGGUAACACAGUAGGGGGAUCUUCUACAGAAUUUCAGAUUGGGCAAUCAUUUCAGAGUAAAGAUGAAGCUGUGCUGAGUGUCAAGGACUAUAGCAUCCGGCGAGGUGUUGAGUACAGAGUCAUCGAAUCAGAUCAUUUGAAGUAUCAUGGAAAAUGCAAGGAAUUCGGCAAGGGUUGUAGUUGGUUGAUUCGUGUAGCGCUUCGUGCACGAAAGGGCACUUGGGAGGUUAGGAGGUACAACGGGCCACACACAUGCCUCGCAACUUCUAUUUCAAGUGAUCACCGUCAGCUGGAUUACCACGUUAUCUGUUCGAGGAUUCUUCCUAUGGUUAGGGCAGAUGCUGCGGUUACGGUAAAGGUACUUCAACAAGCGACAGAAGCCGAUUACGGUUUCAGGCCUAGUUACAGGAAGGUUUGGAUGGCUAAGCAGAAGGCAGUGGCACAAAUAUAUGGAGAUUGGGAGGAGUCUUACGCGGAGUUGCCACGUUGGAUGCUAGGGGUCCAGGCGACAAUGCCGGGAACAAUCACGGUGCUGAAGACGUCUCCUGUUCGGAUUGGUGGUGGGGUUGAUGAGUCGACGGUGUACUUUCACCGGCUUUUCUGGACAUUUCCACUCUGUAUCGAGGCAUUCCGGCAUUGCAAGCCCCUCGUCAGUAUUGAUGGUACCCACUUGUAUGGGAAGUAUGGAGGGACGCUGCUGUUGGCGAUAGCUCAGGACAGGAACUCAAACAUCCUCCCGAUAGCAUUUGCCCUUGUGGAGGGCGAAAAUGCAGAGUCGUGGUCAUUCUUCUUGUCCAAUCUCCGAGAGCAUGUGACUCCUCAGGAGGGUAUCCUUGUUAUCUCUGACAGGCAUAAUGGGAUCAAGGCAGUGCUUGAGGCACCUGAGACUGGGUGGCUGCCUCCUCGGGCUUUCCGGGCCUACUGUAUUCGGCAUGUGGCUGCGAAUUUUGCCCUAACGUUCAAAGGUAAGGACUCAAGGAGGAUGUUGGUGAAUGCUGCGUACGCAAAGACUGAGGCUGAGUUUUACUACUGGUUUGACAUCAUGCGGACUGAGAAUCCAGCAAUGUGUGACUGGGCCAACUGGAUGGAGUAUGACAAAUGGACCCAACAUGAGGAUGCUGGUCGACGGUUCGGGCACAUGACCACAAACAUCAAUGAAUGUGUGAACUCCGUGCUAAAGGGGACUCGCAACCUGCCGGUUACAUCGUUGGUUAAGUCAACCUAUGGGAGGCUUGCUCAACUCUUUGUGCUACGGGGACAGACAGCAGAGGCACAACUUGGAUCUGGGCAUGAAUUCUGUCAGGCAUUGGUCAAGGCUAUUGAUCGGAACCUAAGAGACUCUAGGUGCUUCACUGUGACAUUAUACGACAGGCAUCAGUCCGAGUACACCGUCGCGGAGACAACACCAACCGGGAGCUUCUCGCUGGGUAGCUAUAGAGUUUCCCUUAAAGAUCACCGAUGCGACUGUGGCCACUUUCAGGCGCUGCAUUAUCCUUGUUGCCACGCCAUUGCGUGUUGCGCCUACUUCCGGCUUAACUGGGCGUCAUAUGUUCACGAGGUGUAUCGUAUGAGUGAGGUGUUCAACGUUUACAAGCAGGGGUUUCUCCCACCUAUCCCUGAAGGACUAUGGCCUCCAUAUGCUGGGCCUACCAUCAUUCCUGACCCCAAUAUGCGGCGUGCAAAGGAAGGUCGUCCAAAGGCUACCAGGAUCCGUGGAAGUAUGGAUCAGUCUCAGUCGAACCAGCCGAAGCGUUGUGGGCUAUGUCGUCAGCCUGGGCAUACGCGGAGGAACUGUCACCAGCGAAGACAAAGUGGUGGAGGGGAUGCGUAG